GAGGAUAGCCAAAUAGCUCUCUCUCUCUCUCACUCACAAUAUAUUAUACAAAUAUAUAUAUAUAUAUAUAGGGAUAGACAGAGUUAGCCAUUGCGUAAAUCAAUCUUUCUUACACCACACUCUCUUUUCUCUCUUACCUUUUUCCUCUCCUUCCCUUCUUCUCCUCUCUCUCUCUCUCUCCCUCUCCCUCUUUUGCUAAAAAUAAAAACUCCAUUUUUGUGUUUUGGUGAAUUUAGAACGUUUAGAGAGGAAAAAGAGAGGGCCUUUCAAGCCCCUCUUUCUAUAUAUGCCUCUCUAAUCGAUCUUGAAUUACACCCAUUUCUCUUCUUGUGGCCUUGUUCAUCUAUUGAAUGGAAAUGGAGCCUGGAAAAUUGUUUGUUGGUGGAAUUUCUUGGGAUACUAAUGAAGAUCGUCUCAAAGAAUAUUUCCAAGCUUUUGGUGAUGUGAUUGAAGCUGUGAUCAUGAAAGAUCGGAUCACUGGUCGUGCUCGUGGUUUUGGUUUUGUUGUUUUUGCAGACCCUUCUGUUGCCGAAAGAGUCGUUAAGGAAAAACACGUAAUUGAUGGUAGAACUGUAGAGGCAAAGAAGGCUGUUCCGAGAGAUGAUCAACACAUUACCAGAAACAAUGGUAGUAUGCAGGGCUCUCCAGGUCCAGCUCGCACUAAAAAGAUUUUUGUUGGAGGUUUGGCAUCCUCAGUCACCGAGAGUGACUUCAAGAAUUACUUUGAUCAAUUUGGGACAAUCACAGAUGUUGUGGUGAUGUAUGAUCACAACACACAAAGGCCUAGAGGCUUUGGAUUCAUCACCUUUGACUCAGAGGAGGCAGUUGAUAAAGUUCUAUACAAAACAUUUCAUGAACUUAAUGGUAAAAUGGUUGAGGUUAAGCGUGCAGUACCCAAAGAGCUAUCACCUAGUCCAGCCCGAAGCCCAUUUAAUGGACAGAACUAUGGUCUUAACAGGGUUAACAAUUUGCUUAAUGCAUAUACCCAAGGUUACGUUCCAAGCUCAAUUGGAAAUUAUGGAAUGAGAAUGGAAGGUAGAUACAGUCCUCUUACUGCUGGUCGGAAUGGAUAUUCUUCCUUUAAUCCUGCUGACUUUAACGUGCCAACAGGCAUAGACUCCACAUUGAACCCAAACUAUGGUGGAAGUGGAACUUUUGGUUCUAAUUAUGGACGUGGAUUCAGUUCCUUAUACAAUGGGAAUUCAAACAGGUUCAGCGGUCCUGUCGGAUUUGCCCCUGGAAGGGUUGCAAGCGGUUCAAUGUUGAAUUCAGUAGGAUGGAACCUGUGGGACAAUGAAAGUCUUAACUAUGGAGCAAAUUCUGGCAACUCUACUGAUUUUGUUGGCUCUGGAAGUGGGGUUGCGGGAUAUGGUACGUUGGGGGGUCUUGGAACAAUUUGGGGUUCCUCUUCAAUUUCGGGUCAAGGUGGAGGAAAUGGUACUUUUGGAAGUGGCAACAUCGCUAACAGUGGCGAAGCAGUUGGGGCAGGGUAUGGACGAAACUCAGGAGGCAAUGCUGUCAAUACAUCACCUUAUGCCUCAGCAAAAGACGUUCCAGCUGGAGCUUUUGGGAACUUGUAUGGUACUACUGUAGGUGCUUCGUUAUAUGAGGACUCAGCCUGGCGUUCAACAUCUCCAGAACUAGAUGACUCUGCAACCUUUGGUUAUGGACUUGGGAAUGCAGACUCACUCGGUUAUGUUGGUGGUUAUAGUGUUUCAAAUAGAUCAAAUAAAGGAAUUGCUGCCUAGGAAGAUUUAUCAUAUGGAAGUUUGGAUAUAAAAAUGCUUAAUAUAGGUGGAAAAUACAGCUUGAGCCAGAAUCGUGGAUGUGGAUUACGCGUAUUCUCUCUGAAGAAAUACUUCAGUCUAGAGGUACAUUCACUUAGAGCUAAUUCAGUAUCUGCUAUAGAAAGAACUUCUCCCAAUCGACGUUUACAAAAGAAAGGGACUUCUCGUGUAAGGUUUGAACGUAGAUUCUUUAGUAUAGAACUUUUCAUUUUCUUCGCCUUUUUUUCUUGUCCCUGCAUAUGGUUGAGAUGUAAAAUUGGAUAGCGGAAUAUACUUAAGAGAUAAUUGUACCAUUGCAUCAUAUCUGAUGAAAACAAUGCAACGUAAAAGCAGAUUGUUCGUUCCUUCAUCGGAUUCUUUUCUUCUUUAUUUUCAUACUGUAAUGCUCCAGCAAACUUGCUGGCUGUUGUUGAAAUUUAUCUCAAUUUCUAUGAA